GCGCAGACACCCCCAGUGUGUCAGAGGGUCGCGCGCAUCGCGCUGCAGAUGAAGCAUGCCAGGCGACAGCGAGACAAAGCCAGGUGACCAAGCCGAAAAUGAGAGCUAUAAUCGGCAGCCCUUCCUCAUUGGCGUGGCUGGAGGGACAGCCAGCGGCAAGUCGUCGGUGUGCAGCAAGAUCAUGGAGCUGCUGGGGCAGAACGAGAUUGACCACCACCAGCGGCAAGUGGCCAUUCUCAGCCAGGACUGCUUCUACAGGGUCCUCACCCCAGAGCAGAAGGCCAAGGCACUCAAGGGCCAGUUCAACUUCGACCACCCAGAUGCAUUCGACAACGACCUCAUAAUCGCGACUCUGUGGGACAUCAAGGAGGGGAAAACUGUACACAUCCCUGUUUAUGACUUUGUUUCCCAUUCCAGGAAGAAAGAGACAGUGACAGUGUACCCUGCUGAUGUGGUGCUGUUUGAGGGAAUCCUGAUGUUCUAUUCUCAGGAGAUCCGAGACCUUUUCCAGAUGAAGCUGUUUGUGGACACAGACGCAGAUACACGUCUGUCACGAAGAGUGCUGCGUGAUAUAAGUGAACGUGGACGGGACUUGGAGAGCGUCCUAGCACAGUACAUCACUUUUGUCAAGCCGGCUUUUGAGGAGUUUUGUCUGCCAACAAAGAAAUAUGCAGAUGUGAUCAUACCAAGAGGAGCUGACAACCUUGUUGCUAUAAAUCUCAUAGUUCAACACAUCCAGGAUAUUCUCAAUGGUGGUCUGACCAAACGGCUGAGCGGGUGGUUUAAUGGUUAUGGAACAACAAAGAAGCAGCCAAACAUGGAGUCCAGCAGUCGGCCUCACUGAGCGCAGCGCUCCCCAAAGAGAGGACGGAGGGUUCACCUCUACACGCCGAAUGUGCUCUACAGUGUGGCUAACGAGGCAAGAGUAAUUGCCAGGAAAUCAAAAGGCCUCCUUUUGAUCUGUUCCUGCUUGGACUGAGGGGAUUAAUAAAAGGGGAGAGCAUUUGUUUGUGGAGCUGGUUUAGAGCAGUUGUAUAUUCAGUUAGGUUUUUCUCUUUAGCUUGUGUACUGUAUGAGAUUGAAAGGGGAGAAAUGCGAAGAGGCUCACUUGUAAUUUCAUUUCAAACUGCUGCUUGCCUUUACCACAGCACUGAAACGGACAAAGUAACUAAAAAAGCAGUUAUGGUGUCUGACAAGAUUUCCGAACAGCCUUUAACCAUACAAUAAAUGCAGUGUAGCAACACGCUGUUUAAUGGCAGGGCCUUACUGUAUCCCACCACAGUUACAGGUGCACCGUCUGACCUGACUAAUAACCUUUAUCAAUGCAACUUCACGUCUUUUUUCAAGCUCUCUGUAAAGCGUAUUUUCACUUAUACAAAUCGAUUUUGAAAUAAUGUACCAAUGGAUUGAGGUUUGUGAUGUGUGUGCCAUGUGCCCCCAGGCUGCACUUGCUUCGUCUCGUGUGAAUCUAACAAACUGAAUUAGUCAAAUUCAAAAACCGAUUCCCACCUCAAAUUAUCUGAUGUAUGACAUCAUCACCAAAGAUCAUUUCCUGUACUGUCUCUGUGGGCUAAUUGUGUAAAAGAAAUGUGAAAACUUAAAUGUGAUGCUGACAUUACUGUAACUCAUUUAGAUGUCGGUAACAUUAAGAGCAAAUAAUUAUGUUAUGGAAUUACCACAAAGUAUUAUUUUCCUUUUGAGUCCCAUAAACUUGAAUCCACAGAUGCACAUGUAUGCAAGUUUCAUUUCAAAGAAGCAAACCUACACACUGGGAGUUGUAUUAAUAAAUGCAUUGAGCUGUUAAAUGUCAUGCAGACACCCAAUGUAAAUGUGUUCUGUAAAUGUUGAAGAGUUUUCUUCCUGUAUACAUUUUUCUUACGAUAAAGUUCUCAGGUACUCUUUG